CUCUCUUUCCCUUCUCGAACCGCCAACAUGGAUCUCGACGACUUCGAGCGCGUGGGUCAAGCACUCAUCAAUGAAAAUGAUGAAGUUUCCGUCAAACCGUCUUCAGAUUCGUGCGAAAAGGCGCUCAAAUACCUGGAUACAAGGUGGUACACUCUCACGAACCGAAGGGGAAGAUGGAUGGACCUCAUUGGAGACUAUGCAGGCAGCGAGCUUUUCUUGAUUGAUGGCGAUGCGUUGUUCCAGGAGGUGCUGAACGACCCUCUGCUCGCAUUGGGUAGGGCAGAUGAGCCAAGUUUCCAGGUGCUUCAUGCCAUCUACUCACUAGAGCGAAGGUUGAGUGAAUUUAAAAAUCGUUCAGCGACUUUCGAGAUCGCGUUCUGGAAUGAAAAUCGACACCUUACAUUGCAGACGGGCAACACGGAAUUCGUAUUCAUGUCGCGCGAUCUCGCGCGCGUACUUCUUUUCAAGCACCUCAAGCGAUUGGACAUCUCGGUGCAUACGUUCAAGAGUCUGACUGACCCCGAGUGGCGUCGCUAUCAUCGAGUCCACAAGCCGAUGUUCAUCAUGACGAACGACGGAGGCAUGCUUGACGCCAACAGCCCACGUCUCGCUGCCGAGCGCAUCCUGACACAGCGAACAUUCAUCUUCGACGUUCUCGCCCAAGGCGUGUCCGUAUCUCUCUUGCAUGGGGCGGAGUACCGUGACUCCAAGGCAGGUAUCAUGACCUUCGUCUACGAGCAGCGGCUGGACCAUGACGCGCGGAAACAUUUCGAAAACUGGUUAUGGAACGCAAGCAGUGCGGCGCUGAGGUCACUCACUGUCAAGGAGAGCCAGGCAUGGCGUGGCUGCUCCGCGAUGCCCCUUGAUGCCUUGGCGCCGCAAGGCCUGCAGUCCCUCACGAGCCAGGAUGCACUUUUGCAAACGUUUGCGCAGCGCGUGAUCGAUCUAACGAACCAUCGCCUUGAGUGCAUGGAAGAGUUGCUCUUUGCGUUUAUUGCUCAUCUGCUGCUGCUACCCAUGCUAAGCGUUGCAGAGCGUGCUAGGCCACUCCCUGAUCUGCACCCGGGUCUCGUCAAUAUGCUCCUCGAGGAUUUUCUACCAAGCAUUUUCCUUGUGCUAAAGGGGCUUUCCGACGAGGUAGCUUUGGAUGUCGAUGGGCGCGUGUUCGUUGCGCUGGUCGAUUAUAUGCAGAAACACACCGAUGCAUCGAGGCAGGACGUCUUUGGUGAGGAGACCAGCGUGCGCCUCGACAGCAUCUGGGCAUCUCUCCAGCUACGUCCUGUCGAUUUUGCCGAACUCGCACCCCAACACCCUUCAAAACCUGCGGAAAGCUCUGUGGUAACAGCAAAAAAAUCCAAAAAAGAUCGUCGGAAGGCCGCUUCUCAACGCAAACCCUUCCGUCUUCUGCCAUUCUCACACCCCGUUUUUGACGAAGAGCUGGCUGAGGUGCACGUAGACGUGGAUGAUAGCGCCCCCGACGCCGUGCAGGCCCACCACCUCGACUUCAACACGAUCUUCAACGAUGUUAACCAUUGGCACAAUCAUCGCCGGGCGGUAUUGCCCCCUCAUCUAGGAGGUGAAGUUGCGCGGCCGCUUGACGAGCGGCAACGACGCCGCAAGCUGCGGAGCGAUCAGCGCUUUAUGGCGAGCAUGGAGUGGCAGGCGCAGACGCUGACGGGUGCCUUUGGUGUGCCUCUUGAGCGCAUCGUGAUCACGUCCGCCAAGUCAAAUGAUCCUCAGCCAAGUAAGAACACCAAAACGCGUCUCAUACAGGUACAUCGUGAACCUCCAAAAGCGAAGCCUGGCAAGAAAGGAAAACCAGCGCACGUUUCGUCAGCAGACAAGAUUAGACAGGCUAACCUGGCGAAAAAGCAGCUUAAAGAAGAUGACUCUAAUACGAGCUGGUGGAAAGAGCAGCUGGAGAGCUUGAAAGAUGGAUCGCGGACUCACCAGAUCUUUGUUGCAGACUCGCUCCUGCGAAACAAACGCACGAAGUCCACCUGGCUCGCCGUGGAGGUGCGAUUGUAUAGGUUGCAUCUCGAGUUUCUCCGCUGGAUUGAGCACCCCUCCCGCGAGGAACCGUCAGUCCGAGACGCUGCCGUCGUGGCCAUUUUGCGAAUAGUGAAGGACGCAUAUCAGCAGCGAGAGCUAUUUGAAGCUGCUGUGGACAUCCUCGACAUGGUCCUCCGUGUCGUGGGCCUCGAAAUGGCGAUCGAAGAGUUAAAGGCAGCGGCUUCGAUCGCACCGGAAAGCGAGGAUCGCGCUCCUUCAUUCAAGUUCGUCAAGCUGGUCAAGUCCAAGAGUGGCUCGCCACUGCACAAGUUCAUGCAUAUCAACGAGGAUCCUUUUGUAUGGCAAUUGCGCUUAUUCGGGGAGUACAUGGACCGGUCCAUGGACAGCAAGAGCGAUCCGCGAGUGUCUUUCCAACCUGAUGCAUGGCAGCGGGAUGUAUUGGACGCAUUAGACAAGAACCAAUCUGUUCUUGCUGUUGCCCCUACAAGUGCAGGAAAAACAUUUAUCUCGUAUUACGCAAUGGAACAAAUUCUGAGACAGACAAACGAUGGCAUAUUAGUCUAUGUGGCGCCAACAAAAGCCCUCGUAAACCAGAUCGCGGCGGAAGUACACGCACGCUUCCGCAAGGAUCUCAACGGACGGAGCUGCUGGGCGAUUCAUACUCGGGAUUAUAGAAUUCACGAUCCUCAAAAUUGUCAAAUUCUUGUGACCGUCCCUGAAAUGCUUGCAAUCAUGCUGCUGUCGCCACCACUCGCUAGAGUUUGGACACCAAGAAUCAAACGAGUUAUUCUUGACGAAAUCCAUACCAUUGGUCAACAAGAAGGAGGAGCCGUCUGGGAGCAGAUCCUGCUUCUUGCUCCGUGCCCGAUCAUAGGUCUUUCAGCUACUAUUGGACAUCCCGAAAAAUUCAAUGCAUGGCUUUCCUCUGUCCAACAAGCACACGGUUUCGAACAUACAUUCAUUCACCAUCCGCAUCGCUAUUCUCAUCUUCGCAAGUUUACGUACAUACUGCAAGGCAAGAAGCCGCCGGCCUUUAGCGGACUGAGCAAAUACCAGCAUACGGAGCGACUCAAAUUUUUGCAUCCCAUCUCAUUGUUGUCAUUCGGAGCGACAGAGCUGCCUCCGGACUUUUCUUUGGAAGCAGCGGAUUGUCUGAGUCUGUUCAAUGCUCUUAGGGACCAUUGCGAUAGUUCCUAUGAUAUCGAGGCCUUGGAUCCAACUCGAUUCUUUUCAAGCUGUCCGGUAAAACUCUUGAGACAGAAAGACAUUCUUAAAUAUGAAGAUGCCUUGAAGGCAGUUGUCUCCUCCUUGCUGACUUCUGUCAACUCCCCAGAGUCGCCUUCCGUAAUCAACGACGUUGUGCUACAUCUAACUGACCCCCUAUUGAAGCAAGGCAAUCAUGACUCUGUCCCGGCGAAAGACGACUUCUACGAAAACGUCAUCUAUCUAGUUUCGGACCUGCAUUCGCGCGGAGAUCUGCCUGCCUUGUUGUUCAAUUUUGAUCGAAAGGCUUGCGAAAAAAUGGCUCAGUCAAUUCUCGAUGUCCUGGAGAAUGCAGAGGAGGAAUGGCGUGCACAAAGCCCUGAAUGGCAGGCCAAAUUGAAGCAAUGGGAACGCUGGAAGGCACAGGCAAAGAACCGUGAGCGACAGUUGGAGAGACAGCUCCGGCAGAAGCAAGGAGAAGACGAGCCGCGGGCUCCCGACUCUCCAGCUAGCUGGGAGAGCACCUUCGAUCCAUCUGAGCCUUUGUCUCAUUAUUCCUUUGCUAGUAUAUCCACCGCAUACUCAAUGAAUGACCUUGAAGAUGAGAUCCGACAACUCCAACGAUGGUCCAGCGUUCCUGACUGGGCGUUCCGUGCUCUACGUCGCGGAGUCGGUGUUCAUCAUGCUGGCAUGAACAAACGUUACAGAUCGCUAGUUGAGAGUCUCUAUAGGAUGGGAUUCCUGAGAGUUGUUGUUGCGACAGGUACCUUGGCCCUCGGAAUCAAUGCGCCCACUAGAACAUCCGUUUUCUGCGGGGAUUCCCCCUUCUUGACUGCGCUCAUGUAUCGACAAUGUGCUGGACGCGCGGGAAGACGAGGAUUCGAUCUUCUAGGCAAAGUCGUCUUCUACGGCAUCGCUUUAGACAGAUGUCGACGACUGGUUUUAUCGCGGCUGCCAUCACUAGGAGGCAACUUCCCUCUGACAUCAACAAUGGUCCUUCGGUUAUUCAACCUUCUGCAAGGCUCAGAAAAUGCACCUGUUGCGGUCCACGCCAUAAAGGCUCUCCUGCGAUUACCCCACGUCGGCUUCACAUCAGACGUUGGCAGACAGCAUAUGCUUCACUUCUUGCGAUUCAGCAUCGAUUACCUCCGCCGCGCAGGUCUGAUGGACAAGGCGGGAAAUCCGAUAAAUCUGUUUGGCGUUGCAGCGCAUCUUUACUAUACCGAACCUGGUAACCUCGCGCUGAUAGCUCUGCUCCGUUACGGAGUCAUCCACAGCAUUUGCGCUCAACCCAAUCAGUUCGCUGCACGCAGAGAAUUCAUGGUGUUAAUGUGCCACAUCUUUAGCCGUCGGUAUCUUCCACAGGUGUAUGCCACGGACGAGAAUCUUCAGUACCUCGUCAAAAAGUCGCCGUCAAUAGUGAUCCUCCCACCACUAUCCGCAAAAGCCAAGAAGGUCCUGAAGGAACAUGAUGCCGAAAUUUUAUAUGUCUUCAUUGGCUACGCAGUGGCGUAUGUUGAACAGCACCAGGAACAGCUGGGCCCUGAUGUCCAACUGCCGUUCAGCAAGGGGAUGGCAGGAAGUGAGCUGAAAUCCAGUGGUCUGUUCCGCGAGUAUUUGGAGACCACGGCCGUUCGAGUCACGGCGCGCUCAUCCUUCGUUGCGAACUCGGGUCACGGCGACAAUUUCCAUACUGUCGAGGAGUUGGCCCGGACAGCUCGACACGGUCUUAACCUGAAUCAAUACGCAAUCCCGUCGGCCGCGCAUUUCGCGGCGGAUGCAGACGACGUAGAGGGCUUCUAUGCUCUCAACGCAUACCUCCUCGAUUUCUACACUCACGGACAGCCCGCUGCGCUCAAGGCUGCGAAUGGCAUCCGGGAUAAUGACGUCUGGUACCUACUGGAGGACUUCACAUUGACUCUGAAGACCGUCCGAGCUGGUCUCGAACAACUGCUCAUCAAAGCUUCGGAGGCCACCAUGGGUAGCACCGACGACGGCAUUAAGAAUGCGGACGUUGAUAGCGGGUAUGGGACCUUGGAUCCUACAGAGGUGGACGAGGAUGAAGAUGGACCGGUGACGACGAUCAAACGUCCUCCAGGAGUAAAGGACCGCGAUUGGAAGGUCUACGAGGUUGUCGACGCUGUAACGAAAGAGUUCGACGAGAAAUUCCGGGCCAUGUGGGCGUGA